UACACAACCUCCUCCUCCCUGCCUAGCUGCUACUUUGACCCUUCACAACACUCAGUCGGUCAAUCGCAGGACAGUGGAUGACGAUAUACUUGAGAUUAUGAGCGCGCAAUAUUCCUCAGAGGAGAGGUCAUACUUUGAUCGCCUCUUCAACGUAAUCGAUAAAGACCAGCUCGGAGUCCUGACCGGUGAAGCAUGCUACGCCUUUCUCUUGACUUCGAAGCUGCCUCAGGCAACUCUCGGAACGAUCUGGAGCAUCGUCGACAGCGCCAACAACGGUUACCUGACCAAGGACGGGUGGUAUCGUGCUUGCAGGCUGAUCGGUUGGGCACAGAAGGGAGAUACUAUUACGGAAGACCUCGCUAACAAAGCUGGUCCGUACCCUACUUUCGAGGGCCAGACGGCUCCCAGGGCAACCCCGAUGGCUGCACAAACCACCGGGAACUCCGUGGCACCGUUGAGCCCUGCAGACAAGGCGCAGUUCACUCGACUCUUUGUCGGAGCCGGGCCGGAGAAUGGCUUGCUAAGUGCCGCUAAAGCCCAGGGAAUCUUUGUCAAGAGCAGUCUCCCCACCGAGACCUUAGCGAAAGCGUGGAACUUGGCCGACACCCAGCAACGAGGUGCUCUCGAUCUACCGGAUUUCAUCAUCGGGAUGUAUUACCUACAGCAUCUGAUGACCGGAAGCAUCAAGGAUCUGCCGAUUACCCUCCCUCCUGGUCUUUACGAGCAGGCUUCGGGCGGACGUCCCAAACCGACGGCUCCUACCAACCCCAUGGUUGCACAGUUGACCGGGUCUGGACCCGCUAGGCUGACCCAGCAGUUGACGGGACAGGGGAUCAUGCAGCCUCAGCGAACCGGACAGAGUGCUAUCGCUCAGUCCCCGACCAGGCAAUACACCGCACCUCCCGCCGCUGCACCUUCCAUGCAAGCUCCUUUCGCUGCUCCCACUCAGCCUGCGCAAUCCGCUCAGCCAUCCUGGGAUGUGACCUCGGAAUCCAAGGUCGCGAGUGACCGAUUCUUUGACGGAUUGGAUACCGGUCGCAAAGGCUUCAUUGAGGGAGAUAUCGCUGUACCUUUCUUAAUGCAAAGUGGACUGCCGGAAACCGAUCUGGCUCAGGUCUGGGACUUGGCCGACAUUCGCAAAGAAGGAAAACUCGGCAAAGACGAGUUCGCCGUAGCCAUGUUCUUGAUCAACAACAAGCUUGCCGGAAAGGAACUGCCUGGUACUUUACCCCAGAGCAUGAUUCCCCCUUCGCUCCGAAGCCAGGUUUCGAAUGCCAACCAGAACGAUGCUACUAAAGAUCUGUUCGACGUCUUUGGCGAUUCGCCGCCCGCCAUGCAGCCAUCCAUGCCUCCGCAGCAAUCAUACUUCGCCUCGCCUCCGAGCCGAGCUGCAUCGGUCAACGUACCGCCACCUCCUCCUCCUGCAGCUUCCCGAGCAAAGAGUCCGGCAGCACCUCCUUCGCGGAUGAUAAGUCCUCCUGCUGUCCCUUCAAGGGGCUCGACGGUAGACGCCUUUGGCUCAACACCGUUCGGAUCUCAGCCCGAUCUCAUGGGAGAUGACAGCGUCUCGACUCCUAAGCCGACUGUCGACCACUCGGCAGAAAUCGGAAACGCUCAGAAUUCGUUGACUAGCACCCAAAAGGCUGUCACCGAUCUGGAGCGCGAGCGCAAAGGUCUCGAAGCUGAAUCCUCGACUUCGGCUGCUCAACUGCGAGAUUUGGAAUUGCGACUGUCUUCUGUCCGAGCGCAACAUGAGACCGAGACCAGAUUGGUUACCGAUCUCAGGACGCGCGUCUCGGAGCAAAAGGAACAGAUCACCAAGCUCAGGCAGGACUUGAUCCAGAACGAGAGCGAGCUAUCCGCUUUGAGGGCUGAAAAGGACGAGACUGAGCAGGCUCUUCUGCGAGAUCGAGAGGAAGUUCGAGCUGCAAGCAAGCAGAUGAAAGCUGUUGCCGACGAGACUAGUACGCUCAAGACUCUGCUGGAAAAACUCAGGAAGGAAGCUCGGCAGCAGAAGGGAAUGGUGGCCAUCAGCAAGAAGCAGGUGGCUACCGCCGAAGGUGGAAGAGACGCUGUGCAAAAAGAGAUCGACCAGGUCGCGGCCGCCAACAGUGCUCCGCAGGAGGAGGAGAUGCUCGCGGCAUCUCCACAAGCUGCGAGCCCCGUCAUGUCGCCUUUCAUUCGACCAGCUUCCACCGCCAGUCUACACCAGGCCGCCGCCAUUCCCCUGCCUGCCACUCCGCAACAGGUUCUGAGCCCCAACUUUACUGGAAGUAACCAGCGUAGCAACAACCCCUUUGAGCGAAUGGGAUUCUCUGCCAAGCCUGCCGAACGAUCGCUGUCGCCACCUCAGUCCACCGAGGCUGUCUCGAGAGGCGAUCAAGGCGAAGGCAUCUCGACACUGCAAGCCGCCACUAUGGGCAUCGGUGGAGCUGUUGCCGUGGGGGCUCUUGCAGCUGGUAGCGUUGUCGGUGCCGCUGCCGUUGGCACCGGGGCUGCUGUCGCCACCGUAGCUGAACACAUGACGCAUGAUGGCCAGGAUCUACGAAGCCCUGUGCAUUCGGCGAGCAACGAAAUCGAGGAAGCGAAUGAAGACGAUGUGAAGACGCCAGCGGCCACUCAGGAUCGUGCAGAUCCCUUCGGCUUGGAGGAGCAAGAUUCGCCUUCGAGACAGGUCACACCGUCCGCGAACGUUGUGAGCGAUCCUUUCGGUAUGCCAACCACGACGCAAUCUGAGCAGGGCGGAUUCUCCGCUGGCUUCGACGAUGGGUUCGGUGACGACUUCUCCAAGCCAAACGCUGCCAAUGAGAUCGGCACCGCCCACUCUGAAGCGGAGGAGGUCAGCCUGGCCGGGGGAAUUCCCUUGCCUGACAAUCUGGCUCCCGCAUCCCAGACAGCUGAGGAUUUCCAGGAAGCUCUCAACGAUCGAGGAAACGCUCCUUCCGCUAUCCCCGCUUCGAUGCGACCCGACCUCGAUGCUCAAGGUCGAUCCUUCUCGACAGAGGUCUUUGCGCCCAACAGCAUGGUCCAUACCCCAGAGACUGAGCUACCUCCUUCCACUCCUAUGAGCGUGGAAAGCGCUGCCGUACCCGUAGAUGUGCAAGCCUUACAACCUCGUUCGGCUUCCGCUCAUGGUGAUUCAGAUGACUCUUCGGAUGAGGACGAGGGUGGACCCGAAGACCUGGAUAGGGCACGCUCGCCAUAUGACCCUCGAGAGAUGCAAGGCACGUCGGCCGCUGGGAGUAGCGUACUGGCAUCUCGUCAGCACGAGGAUAUUCCCCAGCGGGACGAAGAGAUCCGACAGAUGGACCAAUUCGCUGCCCCGCGCAGUCAAUCUCCCAUCGGGAUUGCGCCUGCCACCCAGUCACCUCCCAGCGAGCAAUUGCAAGCUCUCGGGCUAGGCGCACCUGUGGCUGUAGGUGGGACUUCUCAGCAGCCUCCAACCACGAACAGGGAAGAUUCUUUCGAUCCCUUCGCUCCCUCCGCAACUCCACUCAGUGCAACAGCAACGGGUACUCCCAAACGACGAGAACCUCCACCACCACCUACAUCGCAAAAGUCGAUGUCAAGCAACAGCAAUCCUUUCGGCUUGCCUACCGCAGAGACGGCGCAGCCGACCUUUGGCGAUCACUUUGCGGCUCCUGUGGGGAUACCCGCCGCCGCGCAGCAGUCAAACUCAUCCUUUGACGAUGACUUUGACUUUGACGACCUGCAGCCGGCUCAGAUCGCCGAUGGAGGAUCAGCAGCGCCGCUCGCUGCCCCUCAGGCCACGCACAAAGCGACCAACGACUUUGACGACGAGUUUGACGACUUUUCGCCUGACUUCGAAAUGGUCAACAAGCCUACCACUGCGGCAGCCUCGCCAUUCACCAACACGCCGGUCCCUGCAGCUCAAGGGGCCCCGCAAUUGCCCCAAGUCGGAAGUUCAGGCGGGUUCGGCACGAUCAACCCUAGCACCAGCUCGGGAUUCUCUUUCGAGGACGCUUUCAUGGACAGGAGCGAGCAGACCUUCGACGACGUCGUACCAGCACAGAGCUCUGGUCCUGCGCCUCAUACGGGAGGGAUCGCGGUAGCAGCUCCUCCACCUCAGCCCGAACGGCCUGCGCUGCCUCAACGACAGACUGCAGCCAUGACCAAGGCUCAGCCCGAUGACUUGCCCGACGUGAAAAAGUUGUGUGGUAUGGGUUUCGACCGAAAUCUUGUGAUUGACGCUCUGGAAGGAGCCGAUUACAACUUUGACAAGGCGCUCAACUUCCUGUUGCCUGGAGCCUGAUUGGUUUCGGCUUGUUAAAUAUGAACGCCCAUUUAUCUUCGCGUUCGAAAUAUGUAAACAACAGCUUCGUACGAUAUUACA